AUGGGCACCGGUGUUGCAACGGCCCGUGCUGGGAGUGUUGAAGAUAUUAUCAAUGCAGAGAGACAUCUCUCAGUGCUUCAAAAUGCGAAAAGACAUUGGCGAGCUCUGCUCAUAGCUUCGGUAGCCUUCUCCGCUGGCAUCGUCUUCGCCUACGACACAGUGACCAACGGAGCCUCGAUCUCGAUGCCCUCAUUCCUGCUUUAUUUUGGCGAAAUUGGACCGACAGGACCCUAUCUCCCCUCCAUCUGGACCUCGUUGUGGACGGCAAUGUCUUCACUCACGCAGGCCCUCGGCGCCAUUCUGGUCGGAUUCGUCUCUGAUCGAUACGGGCGGAAGUGGCCAUCUUGCGGCGCAGCUGUCUUGACCUUGGUUGGGGCCGCGGUGCAGUACGUUUCUGUGCCACGUGCAACUCUGAUGGGAGGCAAGAUGAUUUCUGGUCUGGGUAUUGGGGCGGUGAUGGCUACCGCUACCACGUACAUUGGUGAAGUAUCGCCUCUGAAACUUCGUGCACCCUUACAAACAUGUUUCGUUGUCUUUGUCCUUCUUACUCAAGGCCUGGCAUUGGGUGUAAUCCGCAUCUUCGUUCCAGAUAUCCGAGAGCAAGCGUUCAGGACGGUCAUCGCUAUACAGUGGGCCGUUGGUGGUUUAGCUGUUAUUGCCUGGGCUGUGGCCCCAGAGUCCCCUAUCUAUUUGAUCAAGAAAGGCAAAAUUGAAGCUGCACGAAAGGUCAUGCAUAAGAUCUACGGCCCAAACAAUCCAGAUGAGCGCCUCGAAUAUGAGAUUCAAGCGAUUCGCGCGGAACAAGAACUCGAAAUGAACAACAACGCUACAUACGCAUCGUGUCUCCAAGGCCAUAAUCGGAAGAGGUCUUUGACCGUCGCGUUCCUCUACUCCACGGCCAAUAUCGGCGGCGCCCCUUUUCUAGCUCAGAACAUCUAUUUCCUCAUUACUGCCGGUCUCGAGGCAGUUCACUCGUUCGACAUUGGCAUCGGUGGCUUUGGCUUUGCUGUGCUAGUCAUCUUAGCUAGCGGAGCAUACCUACAGCGUAUAAGUCGACGAAAUGUGGUGCUGCUAGGCCUUGUUGUCAACCUGCUUUUCAUGGUGAUUAUCGGCGCGCUUUAUUGGGUUUCAAACAAGGGCAGCCUCUGGGCAAUUGCUGUCCUGAUGAACCUUCUCAUUUCUCUACAGGCGGCUUUUCUUCAAGGGGCUGGUUGGCCUAUCGCUGCCGAGAUCCCAUCGUACGCGCUCCGUGCCAAGACACUAUCGAUCGGCAUUUGUGCGCAGACCUUCACAACUUGGUUGUUCAACUUUAUCACUCCUUACAUGUACAACGUUGACUCCGGCAAUCUCGGAGCUCGCACCGGAUUCAUUUAUGCUGGGACAUCCGUAUUCUUGUUGGCAGGAGCAUGGUUCCUUGUGCCAGACACCACGGGCAUGACGACGGAGGAAAUCGACAAGGCUUAUGAGUCAGAAUUGGUACCCAGGAGGUUCCAAAAGCAUGCUUUGCCAGUUCACUCAGGCCAUGAUGGCAAGUCUUUGAGAGAUGUCUGA